AUGGCUGAUGAUAAGUGCCGUCAGGUACAAGUUCAGGUGUUACAACUAUUAGUUUCCGCUACGGACGAUGCCAUUCGAUCGACCUACAUCCGUUUAGCUUUGAAAUGGCACCCGGAUAAGCAAAAAGAUCAGGAUAGUGCUACUUUGAGAUUUCAAGAGAUAAACGAGGCUUUUAAGGUGCUGAGUGAUCCUGUCAAAAGGCGAGAAUAUGACAAGAAAGGGAUGCUGUACGGGUACGAUUACAAUAUCAUUGAGUACCUUAAUCAUUACAAAGGCCUUAUAUUAACGUGCAAUGGCCUUGGACUGAAGCAUUCAAUAUGGUAAUUAUGAAAUGUGCACAUAUACUCUUCUUGGUGCAUCAAUCAUGAUCCUUCUUCUCGUGCUGUGUUCACGUAUGGUACUGCAAGCGGCAUAAGUUGGUUUGAGGACCGAUCAUUUUCGAUGUAAUAGCGAGCUUAAAAUUUACUUUGUUAAUGUGUAUAUGGAAUAUGACUAAGCUUAUCUUACAUUGUAGUAUACCAUCUGAAGUUGGCUCUCAAAUCCCUGGAUGGGUUGUAUUUAGAAUUUUUGAUAAAAUCUGUCACCCUUGUUACCGUUUCAGUUCCUGCAUUGAGGAAAUUCAGUAUCCUACGCAUUUCAUGGGUUGUCAGACGAACACAAGUGAGCUAGUAAUAUCAACCAACACUAGCAGCUUUCCAGUGCUCGAUGUUUUGUUCCACAAGCGGUACUUCAUUGGGUUUUGUGAGAAGAAUUUGUACUGUGGGCAAGAAUAUGCAUAGCAAUUGGUGUUAAAGAAGGUUUCACCAUCUCUCUUAUAAAAUUAGUGCGGUUAAGUUGCAUAAACUCAGCCGGCAAAAGAAGACGAGAGAAGUAACGCAAUACUUCAAUAACAGCCCUUUGGACCCGUCGUCGUGAAUUUCGGUUGCAUUCUAAUUCAGAACCGGUUCUGUUGCUUUUAUAAUGCGUGGCCAAGCAAAAAAAAAGCUCAACUUGAAGUGAUUUUCUUUCCCAGUUUUAAUAGAAAAAAGUUGUGUUCCAGGAGAGAUUAUUUCUUCUUGAACCACAUGAAAUUGGACUCAGAAGAAAACCAGCAGACAAGAACUAAUAAUAAAUACAUGGUCGCUCUACUUUGAAUAA